AUGCUCAUACCUGUCCUAUCGCGCUAAUCAUCACAUAGUCAUCGAAACUGCAGAACUGCGAGUUUGUAAACUCUAGAUGGCGGCAGUGACGAGACAGAUACCAUUGUCUAACGGUCUGAGACCUUCGACGAGAGUGCGAGAAUCGAAUGGCAGCAGCGAACACGACAAGCGACGUCCUACUUCGCGAGGACAGCAGCGAAUUCAAGUUGUGUACGGGGAACUAAUCGUGCUCGGUUACAAUGGCAGUCUACCGAAAGGAGACGACGGACGUCAUCGGAGUAAAUUCGUCUUGCAGAGGCGACGUUCACCAAACGGGGUCAAAGUCGUAGGGCAACGAGAUUGCGUAAGACCGACGGAGGCUUUGAAGGACAAGGCUACGCACAGCAUUGCGAUGACAUUGUCGCGAGAGAAAACGGUUGUCAUUGAUUACGAUGGCGACCAGUCGACGGACAUGUUUCAGAUUGGAAGGUCUUCUGAUCCGGUUAUCGAUUUUAUUGUUUUGGAUACUGUGGCUGACUGCAAGUCAGUAAAGCAGUCGAUCGUCAACCAGUCGACAGUUUCUCGGUAUGCUUGUCGGAUUGUUUGCGAUCGUGAUCCACCCUACACGGCCAGACUGCAUGCCGCUGGAUUUGAUGGACAAAACAGAAUAGUGUUGGGAGAGAAUGCUACAAAGUGGAAGAGAAAGGAUGGCAUGAUGGAUGCGCUUACGACGAAUGGUGUUAUGCUAUUGAGACCAGAUAUGGGUUUCGAGCCGUCUUCGAAACCAGGCUUGUGGAGAGAGGUAUCUGUUGCUGGUGACAUUUUCACAUUACGAAAAAGUCGAUCAGACAGAGAGAGGGGAAAGCCGUGUACUGGUAAUGGUGAGAGUAAUAUCUUGACGGACGGCUGUCUGAUUGACGUGUGUGGAGCCACUCUCCUUUGGAGGUCAUCAAUUAGCAGAUCACAGACUCCAUCUGACAGUCAAGUGCACGACCUGAAGAAGAAACUGAACGAUUCGCGACCUCAGUGUCCUGUCGGUCUAAAUACACUUCAGUUUCCAAGUGUAUCAAAUUCGGCUGGUGGGCAGGAGGUCACUCCUUACGCCUACUUAAAGUGUGGUCACGUCCACGGACGUCACUCUUGGGGUGUCGAUGUGGGAGGUGAUUUCAUGCGUCGAACAUGUCCCGUUUGCAGACAGGUUGGUCCGUAUGUGCAACUUCGUUUUGGAAUGGAGAGCUCGUUCUAUCUUGACACAGAUUCACAGACGUAUUCGUUUGUGCCAUGUGGUCAUGUCGCAUCGGAAAGCACAGUGAAAUACUGGAAUAGAAUACCUAUUCCAUAUGGGCCCGACGAGCAACUCGUUAGGUGCCCGUUUUGCAUCUUUCCCGUAAUGGGUGAUCCUGGAUAUGUCAAGUUGCUGUGGGACAAGUGAAACACUCGAUUUUGCCUAAAUGUGUACGUAGAACAGAGUUUGACUGGGUGCAGCUGAGCAGUACACUUUUCAGAAACAUUCGUCAUGGGUGGAAGUUUUUUGUGAAUUGAGUUUAAGUUGACAUGCUAUGUUGAUCGUAGCAAUUGACACAUCAUUUACUUUGACAGUCAUUGUAAUUGUAGAGACAAUACUGCAUUUAUUUAUCUAUUUAUGGAAAAAUCAAUGUAAUAGGGUAAAUAUAAUGUAUUUUAUGUGGCUA